AUGCCGCUCCCAGUGUCCAAGAACCGGGUGGGCCUCGGCCAUGCGAUCUUUAACCGCCGCGCGAAGGAGGCGAAGCAGCGCAACUCUUCCGAGUUCCAUACGACCGAUACGCACACUGGCCAGCCGAAGAGCACGCGGCUGCAGUCCGUGACGCACCAGGGCGACCUCGAGGACUUUUUGAAUACGGCUGCGCUUGCCGAUGCCGACUUUACCGCUGAGCGCCGCAACGACGUGCAGGUGAUCAAGACGACGGACGACUCGCGCACGCGCCACAACCCCUAUCUGCUCACGUCGCAGCAAGAGGCCAAGGUCCUGGCGUCGCACAAGGAGAACCGCGACCGCCUGCGUGUGCCGCGCCGCCCGCCGUGGGACGUGAACACGACGCCGGCGCAGCUCGAGCGCGCUGAGAAGGACGCGUUCCUCGAUUGGCGCCGUGGCCUCGCCGAGCUCCAGGAGGGCGUCGGGCUGGUCCUGACGCCGUUCGAGCGCAAUAUUGAGGUCUGGCGCCAGCUGUGGCGUGUCGUCGAGCGCAGCCAGCUCCUGGUGCAGAUUGUCGACGCGCGCAACCCGCUGCGUUUUCGGUGCGAGGACCUGGAGAAGUACGUCGAGGCGAUUCCCGCGAAUCCGAGCGAGAUGCGCGCCGCCACCGAGACGCCCGACUUUCACGGGCCGCGCAAGACGCUGCUGCUAGUGAACAAGGCAGAUCUCCUUACCGAGGGCCAGCGCAGGCAGUGGGCGCAGUACUUUGACGAGCAGGGUGUCACGUUUGCCUUUUUCAGUGCGGCGGACGAGACCGCGAAGCAGCUCGCCAAGGCACAACGUGAGGCGCAGUUUAAGGCGGCCGAGGAAGAGGCGAAGCACAAAGAAGAGAUGGCUGAGGACGACGAGGACGAGGUGCAUGACGAGGAUGACGACGACGCGCACGACGACGCGCACAGUGCGCACGAUGCACAAGAAGCACACGACGAGCAGUGGGAAGACGAGGCAGAAGGAGCCGCCGACGAAAUGCAUACCCUGUCGAUCGGCGCACGCGACCCUUCGCGUAUCCUCAACGUCCUCGAGCUCGAAGAGCUCUUUACGCACGUCGCUCCGGAUCUGAACCUCUUUGCCCGCGAUCCGGACUCGGAGAACCCCGGCGUACCCGAGAAGCUCACCGUGGGUCUGGUCGGCUACCCCAACGUGGGUAAGUCAUCCACGAUCAACGCGCUGCUCGGCGAGAAAAAGGUGUCGGUCAGUUCGACGCCAGGCAAGACGAAACACUUCCAGACGAUCCAUCUGUCGCCCACGACGAUCUUGUGUGACUGCCCUGGUCUCGUCUUUCCCCAGUUUACGACGACGCCCGCGGACCUCGUCUGCGACGGUAUUCUCCCCAUCGACCAGAUGCGCGAGUACACCGCGCCUGCCGAGCUUGUUGCGCAGCGUAUUCCCAAAGAUAUCCUCGAGGCCGUGUACAACAUUUCGAUCCCCAUGCUUAGUGUCGAGGAGGGCGGCAAAGGCGUGCCGACCGGCCUUGAGAUCCUCUCGGCCUAUGCCGUGGCGCGUGGCUUUGUGCGCCAGGGCCAAGGCAACCCCGACGAGUCGCGUGCCGCGCGCUACAUCUUGAAGGACUACAACAAUGCGCGCCUCUUGUUUGCGCAUCCCCCUCCGGGCGUCGACGCAGACAAGUUCAACGCCGAGUCGCGCGAUCGCAUCCGCGAGCAGUACGCGAACCGCCGCAUCGCCGCGCCGAUGGACCUGCCUUCGGACCCUCGGCAGCGCCCGGUCACCGCGCCGCUGUCCAAGUCGGGCUCGGUCGACAACUCCUUCUUUGGCCCGGGACCGAUGCCGGGCAUGCAGCAGACCGGACGCCGCCGCGCGCCGCAGACGGUGCGUAUCGGCGCGGACGGCAAGCCUGUCGCCGAGGGACUCCGCGGCAGCUCCAAAAAGCACAACAAGGGCAACAAGCGCGCCAAGCAGCGCUCGGGCAGAAAAACGUCCAAGGCUUCGUAUGCCGACCUCGCCGAGCUGGACCGCGCCGAGAUCGGGGCGGCGCAAAGCCAAGCACGUCUCCCGCCGCUGAGGGACGCGCCGCGCCUGCUGGCAUGCCACGACUUCCAGGGGGGCUACUCCGAAGAUCCUCAGACGCAGGGCUACUCGUUUGAGCACUGGGCGUACGCGGACGUGUACGUCUACUUUUCGCACCAGCGUGUAUCGCUGCCGCCUGCCGAGUACGUACAUGCGGCGCAUAGGCACGGCACACGGAUCCUCGGCACGCUUAUUUUUGAGUGGGACGAGGCACGGGCCGAUCUGCGCCGCUUGCUCGACGGAUCCAAACCGCAGCGAAGCAAAUUCCGCGAGCCGCUCUCGUUCGAGUAUGCAGACAAGCUGAUUGCACUCGCCGCUGCAAAUGGGAUCGACGGCUUCCUGGUGAAUAUCGAGGUCGCACUGAACUUGCAAGGGCUCUCGAAUGUCUACCUCAACAAGCUCGACGCGAUGCAUAACGCAGGCCGCCUCCGCCGCUGGGUCGAGUACCUACGCACCGAAGGCGAGAAACACAUCAAGGAGUGGCACGUCGUGUGGUACGAUUCCGUGACGUAUCCGCACGGCCAUCUCGCCUGGCAGGACGCCAUGACGCCGGCCAACGCACCGUUCUUUCGCGCGGCGCACGGAGGGUUUACCAACUAUACGUGGACCGGCCCCGAGUUUGAUCCGACCAAGCUCCAUCCAGCGCUGGUGGCAAGCGCCGCCAUGGCCGACGCGAAUCAGUACAAACGCGCCGACGUCUACACGGGCAUCGACGUGUUUGGCCGCAACUGCCACGGGGGGCACGAUACGUGGAAGGCGCUCGAGCUGAUCGGGCCGCGGCGUGCGUACCCGGCCGCGGAGCGCUCGCUGGGACUCAGCGUCGCGCUCUUUGCGCCGGGAUGGACGUGGGAAUCCAAUGCACCGGGGCCGACGCGCUCCUGGGCCGAUUGGUGGGAGGACGACUGUCGCUUCUGGCUCGUGGGGCCGCACGCGGUAGCACGGCACUUUGAUGCGCGCCCGGUGCUCUUCAACGGUUUAUUUCGGACCAACUUUGCGCUCGGCACAGGGAUCGGAUGGUAUGUCCGUGGCGAGCUGGCGUUCGAGGGGCCGUGGUCCGACGCAAGCGUCAGCGCGCCGAAGCCGGACCUCGCAUGGCCGACGGUUCAGUACGUAUGCACACCGAGCGGCGAAAAGGCGCGCUGCACCGUCACCUCGUCCUUCGCCAAGGUCGCCUGGAGUGGCACAGGCGCACUGCAGCUCGACGUUCCGGCCGGCUCGUGGCACAUUCCGCUCCUUGCGCUCGAGGUGCCAGAGACGUGCGCCGGCUCGGCCACCAUGCGCCUUAGUGUCCACGGCGCCGCUGCAUCGCCGUGCAUCCUCCGCCCCCACGCUGCGUCGCCUAAAAGUACCUCUACAAAAGGGCCGCACGGCUGGACGCAGUACGCGGCGCAGAUCACGCUUGUGCCCGGAACCGUGCAUGUCGGCGUGGCGAUCGAGGUGCAAGAGGCAUGCUCGGUCCUUGUCGGCCAGCUCGAUGUCGAUCAGACUCCGAUGGACGACGUGUACGAAGCUCUAUGGUCCGAUCGCGAGACACUCACCUGGCCCGCGUUCGCUCCGGAAGGCUACGAAAUCUUUGCCGUGUCCGAGUCGCCUGCGUGGCUCGGCACCGUUCCGUCGUCUGUUGUACAUAUACCCCCGGCGCUCGCCGCAGAUCACCUCCUGGAAAUCCGCCGGAUCGGUGCGUGGCCCGAGGAACCGGUUGCCUACUCGUAG